AUGAUCUUUUUCAGGCAGCUGAAAUGUGACUUUCCCGGGGCUGUGAUUCUUAGCACUGAUGACUUUUUCCUCGAAGACGGCGAGUACAUGUUUGAGCCUGACUUGCUGGAGGAGGCACACAAAUGGAACCAGAAGAGAGCACGCACAGCAAUGAAGAAUGGGAAAAGCCCGGUUAUUAUUGAUAACACCAACAUCCGUGCUUGGGAAAUGAAGCCCUAUGUGAUGAUGGCACGUGAACAUAGGUAUGAAGUUAUAUUCCGAGAACCAGAUACACCCUGGAAGUUCAACGUUCAAGAACUGACAAGAAGAAACAUUCAUGAUGUCCCUCGGCAAAAGAUACAACAGAUGAAAGAAGAAUACGAGCACAAUGUUACCUUCCACAGCGUUCUUCAGUCUGAAAAACCAGAUGAGAGAAGCUCCAGUGGACCAAAUGCAGCUUACAGCACGAGUGCCCAUUCUAACCACCCAGCAGAAGACCCCAGGUGGCACGCAUAAACAAGAUGCCAUUUAACUAAAGAGAUGGAUUCCUCGGUGUGUUUUUA